AUGGAAGUGGCAGGAAGUUGUCCAGAUAUCCGCAGGGCCUCUGAAAAAAAAAAGCCAGUGAACAGAGUGGGCUGGGUGGUGGUGGAGCUGGAAGGUGCUGGUGUUGGAUUUGGUGAUGGAGUUGUACGACAUGUUCAGAGUAAACUUUUCAUUGUGACUUUACACCACAGCAGUGUUAACGCUCUGUUUGAGAUCAAAGGGAAGUUUACCCGGCAGCUGGAGCGGACAGCAGAGAAAAAAAGGCAAACAGCUGGUGACCUGGACAACCUGGAGAUGUUGGCUCUGAGGAUGUUUGUUCUGCUGGGGCUGAGCUGGACAAGUCAAGCGUCUGGAGAUCCCUGGGGCAAGUGUCCAGUCAGCAGAAAGUGUAAUGAAAAGUUUGGUGACGGCUCAUGUGACAGAGACUGUAUGGAACCCGUGUGUCUCAGAGAUGGCUUUGACUGCCUAAAGGACAGGACAGGAGGCCCCUGCAAACCUAGUCACAUCGUUUACUGUCGCGACCACUAUGCUAACUCCCACUGCGAUCAGGGAUGUGACAACGGCCCCUGCGGAUGGGACGGCAGUGACUGCUUCACGCACCAGAGCCCCCUGUGGGCCAAAGGCACAUUGAUCCUUCACGCCAACAUACCACAACAACGUGGGACCUUCUCCAACAGCUCCCUGCUCUGGGCGCUCAGCGUCCUCCUCCAGUCACCCCUUAAACUGAGAGGCUCCGCCCCCCUCGCCCCUGACAGCAACUUGUUUGACUUUGACGCUCAGCAGCUGGCCAACAUGCUGGCUCAGGCAUCACCGACUGACUCAAACGGCUCCCUCCUUUUCCUCCAGGUGGACAACAGGCCAUGCUCCCGUCUUCCCUCUACCUGUUUCCCAUAUGCCACAGAGGCGGCCAAUUUCCUGCGUGCUGUAUUGCGGAGGCCUAAGUCAUCCGAAACCCGUCCUGAGCUGAACGCUGUCAUCAGUAUAAAAGGUGUCCGAGAGGAAAUAGGAAGCAGGGAGGAGGAUACUGUGAUAAAGGAAGUUAAAGAGCCAACUCCAGCGUGGCUCUGGGCGGUGAUAGCCAUAGCCUUGGGCCUGCUGCUCGUUCUCUCCUUGGUGGCGUUCUUGGUGGUGAGGAGGGUGAGGCAGCAUCGGGCAGAGAGGGAGGAUGGUCACAGGGUGAGACACCGGUCCAUUAUCACAGACAGUGACCCCAAAUCUAAAGCAGCAACAACAGCACACACAGCUCACCAAGACCAAAGGGUCAGAUUGAGCAGAGAGAAAGAGAAGAUCAGCUUGAGGAAAAAGAAGAAAGCGAAGGAAGCAGAGAAGAAGAGAAGGAGGGAACCACUGGGGGAGGACGCCAUUCGAAUGCGACCUCUCAAGAGAGACCAGGAUAUAGGAAGUGACACGGACUUUACCCAGAGUUCAAUGGAAGACAUCAAUGCAAGAUGUUCGCGGCGACACGAGGAUGCCUCCAUCUGUGACCACCGCAGCCCCGAGCAGAAACACUACAGAGGAGGGAACUCCCAGCCACGCAGAUCUGCUCAGUCUCCACCUAGAGGAUGGGAGAGAAAUGCCAUGCCUCCUCCUCUUCUCAGUCCUCCACAGCAGUCAGCAGAGUGGUGUGGCCCUGAUGGCUCUGUGGUUCUGAUCCGGGCUGUCCGGAGCGGCCUGGAUAGGGUGGUCCUGGAGCUGCUGAGAGCAGGAGUACCAGUCAAUAACACUGAUCACACUGGGAGAUCAGCCCUGCACUGGGCAUGCUCGGUAAAUCACCUCUCCCUAACAAGGACCCUCAUUCGCUACGGGGCCGCUGUGGACCUGCAAGACAACAAAGGCGAGACGCCACUCUUCCUCUCUGCCCUCCACGGUUGCUAUGAUACAGCCAGACUCCUCCUCCUCCAUGGAGCCAAUCUGGAGCUACAUGACCGUAGAGGCCGGCGUCCGAUCGAUGUGGCCAGAGAAGGCAUGCGUCACCAAAUCCUAGAGCUCCUACUGGCUCAUCAGAUUCAAAGAGGGCCCGUCACUGUUGAAGCAGCCAAUGAGAUGCUGUGGGAGGAGCGUGCUCUGAUGUACUCGCCAUGGGGUGGACCACAGGGCCUGCCUGGAAGGAGUGCCUCCUUUUCUGGGAUCAUAGCCCAUCGAGAUAUGACCCCGCCUCCUCAAAAUGAUUGGUCAAUGAGCCGGGUUCAGUACCCCUCCCCUCAGAACUGGCGGCCACAGCUCAACCAAUCAGCAACAGCGCUGGUCCCUCCAAGAGUCAUGGGCCGCUCACCUCGGCCCAUCAGCACCUUACAGGAAGUGACCUCAGAAGACGAGGACCGAGACAGGCAUCAGGAAGCUCCCAGAGCCGCAACACCUCACUUCCUGUCGCCCCAGCCAGCCCCUCGGCAGCGCUCUUUUUCCUGCACUCAGCAUGCAUUGCAGCGUCGCUCCAGUGCCCCACAGCCUGAGCCAAAUUAUCUUAUCGUAACAGACAACUUAGCCCAUGAGCCCAUAGAAAGAGUGGUUGUUUCUCCUCCCACAGAUGCUGCCGCUCAGUCAGAUCGCCCACCAUUCGUAAAUGGGGAUAAUCCAAGCAGAGCAGAACAAGCAGCAGUGAAUUCAUCAAACUCAGAGCAGAAAUCAAGAGGUGAGAGGUCAAACAACAAUGCUGACUCCACACAAACAGCCCUUUAGAGAACAAACAAAUCCCUUAAAGCAUAGUAGACUAGUAUCAUAAACUUUGUAACCUAAAAUGAUGCUCUCUCAAAAGAGAGGCACUGACCUCAGGUUUCACACAAGGAAUAUUACAUUUUAAACCCAAAGCAAAAGACCUGAAAAGAGCCCAAAGCUCAAGGAAACCCAGUCUUUUUUCUCUGGUUUUUACUCUUAAUUUUUAUCCAGUCAGUGCCUGUUAAAUGUUGUUGAACAGAUUAACUCAUUAGAGUCUACCAAAUAAAACACAUCAGCACUUGGAGAUGUUUCUUCCCAACUCUGACCCCCAGUUUUCUCUCAGCUUUGCUUAAAUUAUUACUUUUAUAAUUGUAUAUUUUUUACAAGUGAGGAGAAUAUUGUUCCGUUUAAAAGGAUACCAGGAAAACAUGAUGAAUGUAGCAGUUAUUACAACACUGCAAUGUCUUGAGAUUUGUUGCCAAACAUUGUAAUAUAUUCUUACUGAUCUGACAGGUUGUGCUCUGAUAAAAGAGUAAAAGAUUAAGAAAAAAUACUGUUAAAAAAACUGUUUUUGCACAAAAAUGUCAGUAUCCUGCUGAUGCAUGCAAUAAAGUGACAUUAUAGAAAA